GUCAGGAGGGAGUGGGAGGUUUUUUUUUUUUUUUUCCUAUUUUUAAUGAUUGAGACAAAAGAUCUGAAGUGCAGCUUCUAGAACUGUUUGUGCCUUCCCUUGGUCUUGACUUUGGCCUGCUGCCAGCCACGGUUAAAGACCAGGGUCUCUGGCCUUCCCAGACUGAGCAAGGGAGAGCGUUGAAUCCCCAGUGGUGUCAGUGGUUUGACCGGGGUUAGGAUGCCCAUUCUGGAACCGCCCAACAGAAGGAAGCAGACAGAAGCAGGGAUCGGCACGGCAGUGCUGACGCUCCCCGGGGCCCAAUCCCCAUUCUCCAGCGCAUCGGGGCAGGGCACAGGGGCCGCCACUGAAUAAUAAUGCCACCCCCUCGGGAAAUGUCACCACCUUGCAAGGAGACAGGCCAGCGUGGUGUCUUGGUGGUCAGUGGCCGCCCACAGUGACCCACGCAGAGACGUUUGAACGGGUUUACACGGGCCGGAGGGACUGCGCAGCCCCGGGCCCCGCGGCAGGUGUGCUGGUGCACAGACUUCCGGAAGAUGGGGAGCGUCCUGCUCACUGCUCUUCUGACGUCGGUCUCAGCGCCUUGCGCCCAGGCUGUGUGCCUGGGAAGGCUGGACCCGAGGCAGCUUCUGGGGUCCUGGUACAUUCUCGCCGUGGCCUCCGGUGAGAAGGGCUUUGCAGUGGAGAAGGCCACGAAGGACAUCGAGGGUGUCGUGGUGACCCUUACAGCAGAAAACAAUCUGAAAAUGCUGUCCUCCAGACACAGCAGCGCCCCCUGGUGCUGUGUCACCUGCACCUCUGGGGACCGCGGCCAGACGCUGGUUUGGAACGAGUAUGUCUCAUUUUGUGCCCUUUGUGCCCCCACCACCCUGGGGAGGGAGCUGAUCUGCACUUGGCUCUCUUGUGGCUCAUUCCCGAGCCAGGCUGGAUUCGCUGGAGAGCGAGGUUCCUGGGUAACGGGGGCCGUCAGAGGAAGCCAGGCUCCCCUCUGCGACACGCUGGCGGCAGGCCGGGCCCCGGCGGCAGGACCCUUAUGUCCUCUGGUCCCGACUCUGGACCCUGAGCUGAGGACGGACGGUCUCUUUUCAGGGCUGGAGAGGUGUGACGUGGGCACGGUGUUGCUGCGGAGACAGAACUCUGGAUGGGUGUUUGAGAACCCCUCCCUGGGCGUGUCAGACUGCCGGGUGCUGGGCACCGACUUCAGUGACUACGCCAUCGUCUUCACCCAGCUGGAGUUCAAGGACGAGGCCUUCAGCACCGGGAGCUAUACAGUAAGUCGCACGGAGCUGGCCAGCCAGGAGGCCGUGUGCCUCUUCACCAGGUGGAGCAGGGGCCUGGGCUUCCUGUCCCAGCAGCCGGCCACGCUGCAGCGGGACUGUGAGUGUCCCCCGGGGCCGCCCCCCACGCCCAAGGGUCCCCCGGGGCCGCCCCCAUGCCCAAGAACCCGCUCACUUCCGCUGGUCUCGGGGAGCCUCCCGGCCUCAGUGAGUCAGGCAAGACUAGGGAGGGUGAGUUCUUCAAGGAGUCACCUGCUCCCUGCCCGAAGUCAGGCCGACAGGGGAGGCCCCGUCUCGGGUGAGGCUGUGGGCCCGACCUCACGACUCCCCUUGUCCCCCCAGUCACCUGUGCGCACAAGGCCUUCCAGGUAAGCUGGCUUCCCAGCAUCACCCCGUGUCCUACACCCCAGUGCUCUGCAGCCGUGAGGGGCCGGGGACCCGGGUGGAGGCAGACUCCCCUCGAACCUGGGGUCCUCCAGUGCUCUUCCUGGUUUUCAGUGAAUGCUUCGCCUCCAGUGGGGACAGUGCCCACCGUGUCCGGGCGAGGCCAGCCAGGCGCUGGCAACCUGCUCAGCCACCCGGGUGCUGGGUGCUGGGUGCUGGGUGCUGGGUGCUGGGCAGGUGCUCCCAGGGACUCUUGCUGCGUUUCCAAAUAAAGCAAU